GAAUUGAGCUGCAUUGAGCACACCACGGGCCUGACACGGCUAGGCUAGAUCGACGCAUUCACGGGGACCUUUCGUCGAGGGUAGAUAAAUCUUUUGUAAAAUGUUGCAGAACGUUGCGUCGCGCAGAGUGAGCUUGAACGGAGCUGCGAGGCUGGUGCGGUCGACGAGAAGCUUGAGAGAUGGCUCGAGGGAACGUGUGUUGUCGCCCACGCUUCCGCCGCCGUCGGCGGUGGAGCUGCUCGGUGCACAAGCGCAGCCGGUUCGACCGUACUCGAAUCCGGCACGACGGCCGAGCUUUCUGUCCCAGUUCGUCGAGAAUCUCAAACAGGAGAUGCAGAAGAACAAGGAGAUGAAGGAGUCGUUGAAGAAGUUCCGAGAGGAGGCUGAGAAGCUGGAGCAGUCGGAAGCGCUGCGGACGGCGCGGCAGAAGUUCCACGCGGUCGAGUCCGAGGCCAACAAAGGCUCGGAAGUGAUCAAGGAGAAGCUGGAUACGAUUAAGGGAAAGGUGCAAGAAGUUAUCGAGGAGGCGAGUAAGACUGAAUUGGGUAAACGUGCCGGCCAGAUAGGCGAAGAAAUUACAAAGUCGGCCAAAGGCGCGGCGGAGACGAUUUCCGAGAAGAGCCAGGCACUUGGUAAGACGGGUGCAUUUCAAACGAUAUCACACACCGCGGAAGCUGUGCGGAAUGAACUUGACCAACAUGGAAUUCUAGGCAAAGUUUACGUUCCGCCUAAAAAGCUUAGAAAGAGAAACGAAGUGCCGAUAGAGCCUAGAGAAAUUGUGCCUGACCAAAGUACAACGGGCGUGGAAGUGCACAAGGACUACAUGUUUUCCAAUGCUUGGCAAAAAUUCAAGGAUAAUAAUCCAUACGUGAAUAAGGUAAUGGACUGGAAGAUGAAAUACGACGAGUCAGAUAAUGCCAUACUACGCGCUUCCAGAUUGCUUACGGAUAAGGUUUCGGACAUUAUAGGCGGGCUGUUUCAAAAGACCGAGCUGUCGGAGACGCUCACCGAGAUCUGUAACUUGGAUCCCACUUUCAGUAAGAUACAGUUCCUGAAGGACUGCGAGACCGACUUCAUCCCAAAUAUUCUCGAGGCGAUGGUCAGAGGCGACCUCGAGAUACUCAGGGACUGGUGCCACGAAGGGCCCUACAACAUAAUCGCGCAACCGCACAAGGAAGUCAAGAAGUUGGGCCAUUAUUCGGAUAGUAAAAUUCUAG